GGGCGGCGGCCCCACGUUGUGCGCGGGCCUCCGCCAACGAGAUUCAGAUGCAUCUGAGACGGGUCUGCGAAGUCUCAUACCUAUAACUUUAAAUUAAAAAAGCCAUGUGCUGUUUACGGUCCUUCCGGCAGCUUGGUGCUGGAGCCCAUAAAGAUCAUAUUAUAGUACAAGCCAUUAUGUGCCGAAUUUACUGUAUAUACAUUUCUAAAUGGUUCGGCAAACAGCGGCCUGCUUACGGGCAGGGAAGGAGAACUGGUUCAUUUUGGGUAACAAAUGAUCCUUGAUUUGAUUUUAAAUGCAGUGACAGCCAAAUUUAUUUCUUAUUUAAUCACUUCCCUGUGCCGUGGAGAACAGGGUGAUAUUAAACUCCACAACGCAGAGCGGGCUCUGGAAUCCGCCGAAAGAGCCGCGCGAAUAGAUUAUGUUUAUAGGGUAGAGGGAGAUUGUAGAGCCGUGCACGUAACCAGAAUGGGUAUUUUUGUCAUUUAUACAGUGGUUUCCAUCAUUAUUUCUCCCCGCUUCCAAUUUUUCAGUAAUAAAAAUAUAGGCAAUGUGAUUCUCUUUGCAUUACAGAUAAACCACCCUGAUUCUUUAUUAAAUAUUUGUAUUAAUCUCAAGUACUACAAAGCGUUUGCGCGGAUAAAUCAGGCUCCGGGCUGCCAUUGCCCCUCUGCGGGCUCUCCGCGAAGCGGCCCCUUUAUGAGCACACGGUCCCCGAAAAGAGGAUUUCCGUAUUCACUGCCAGGCUCCCUUCUGUCGCCGCUUUAUGGCCAUGUGUCCGCGGUGCGAUCGGCGCCGACAGCAUAUUCGUUCCUCGAGAUCCAACGAUCCAACGAUUUGGGUCAUCGCUCCUCGGUCCCCGGUUUUCUCUUCUAUUUAAUUAGGAAUUACUGUUCUGGCGUCACUCACGGGCACCAGCUGGGACGCGAGACCCUCUCCGCCGCACAGGGGGCUCCCGGAGAGGCGCGGCUGGGCAGCACCGAGGUGUUUGUGGGCGGCCUCGGUGUGUGUUGGGGGGGGGACGGUGGGCACCAGUGGGGCUCCUGGCCUCGGGGGCAGGGAAGCCAGGGUGCCAGCUCUGGUCAGACCCCUUCCUGGGUGGCCUGGGGUGACUCGGCUGGCCCUCUCGCCAUGGUGGGGGACACAUGGGUGAUGGGGGGCAGUGGACCCACUUCCCUGGGAGGCCGUAGGAGGUGGGGUUCUCCCAUAGCACGAGAGAAAGGAGGUUCCCUCGGCCCCUGGCUGUGUCCCCACGUCCUCCCUCCACCCCUGGCUGAUGUGAGUGCUCCCGGGAGGUUAGACAAUGCUGCCUCAGGGCUGAUGACAGCACAAUAGUGGGGACCCCUCUCGGUGGUCCCGGAGGGUGUCUGCUCUUGGAUGGGGUGCAGAUCUCGGCCUGUGCCAGCUCAGAGGUGUGUCUGCCGGGGGGCCUGCGGGCUCAGGUUGCACAGCUGGUGAGAGUCAAGGCGAGGAUUUGGAUCCAGAAUCGUGCUCUCCACCAUUACACCCGGCCCCUGGAAAACUCCCCACUGCAAACACACAAGAUGAGACAAAGCAACAAACCAAAGCAAAAACAAAACAAAACAGGAGGAGGGCGAGAUGAGAGGAUGGGCCCGGGGGGUGGGGGGGGGGGGGACGGCUACCACCCACCCAACGGGAGAACGCAGCGUGGCACGGACGUGGAGGGUGGGCGCCCCGCGGGCUGCCGGCGCGGGUGCAGCGUGGCUCAGACACCGUGGGAGACAGGGUGGAGGUUCCUCAAAGGACUGGACAUCGGUCUGCCAUAUGACCCGGCGCCCCCACUUCUGGGUAUGUCUCCGAAAGAAUAAAGGCAGGUUUUGAAAAGGCAUCUCAAGUGUCCAGUGACAGAUGGGUGGGCAAGCGAGAUGUGGGGCGUCCACACCACGGGAUAUCACUCGGCCUUCAAACAGAGGCAAAUCUCGGCACCUGCUACAACUGGGCGAACCCGGAGGGCACCGUGCUGAGUGACGUCAGCCCGUCACAGGGGGACACGCCCUGGAGGAGCGGACGCUCACCGGAGGCCCUGGAGGAGUCGGAGCCACGGACACG